AUGAAUUCUUUUCGGUCUGUGUCAGCGAUGGAGUGUAACACUGGUUUGACUCAACAAGGAUUAUAUUUCAACCAACCAACCUGGAUUGGUUGCCCAUCUUGUUCAUGUUGGGUCCUGUAUUACAAGCACGCAGCCAAUGGGAUAUUAACUUGUCAAACCUGUAGAAACUCCAGUGAUGAAGAUGAAAUGAAUUCUUUUCGGAUAUCAUCUGGAGGAGCUAAUCGGAGCUGGCCUGCUCUUCCCCCACAGAAAGACGCCACAAGCCAGCGCCCAUUUAAAGUUGGCUCACAAGCUGCAUCUGGAAGCUCCAUACUCAACCAACCGUUACUUUUUCUGGGUUGUUUAAACAAGGAAGUUGCUGAUGAGUCCAGGCCAAAUAAAAAUACUGAGCACGUGGAUGCCAAAAUCAACAAGCAUGGUCACAUGGACAGCUCAAAAAGAAAUAGCAAGAAAAGAAAAAUGGCAUCAGAAUCCAGUGAAAGUUGUGACUCUCUUGAAGAUGAUGGCAAUAAUCUGACAGGAAAUAACCUUGGAGGUUUUGGUAAGCGGUACCCUCGGAGAUAUAUUAGGUCUAAAAUGUGUGUUUCCUGUAGUGAGCCUCUAAAUCCUAGUUGCAACGGUGAACCAGUUUCUGUGGAAAUUCCCGAGUCGGAGUUUUACAACUUUGACGCAGAUAAAUCCAAAGAGAAGUUUCAGGUUGGUCAGAUAUGGGCGGUAUACAGUGAUGAGGAUGUUUUACCGAAGUACUAUUGUCAGAUUAAGAAGAUUGACAGCCUUCCAGAGAAUACUUAUCACGUAGCAUGGCUUCUUCACUGUCCGUCAUCAAGGGACAUGGUAAGAUGGGUUGAUAAAAGCAUACCAAUAUGUUGUGGAAAAUUUAUGGUUGAGAAGGGAAAAACUCACAAAAUAGUUGGCACUCUUCCAUUUUCUCACCAGUUGAAAAUAGAACCAUCCCCCCUGGAAAAGGAGGGUGUGUUCACCAUACUUCCUGAAGUAGGUCAGAUCUGGGCUUGUUAUGAGAAUUGGAAUGUAAAAAUGAAACUUGCUGAAUUGGAGAACUGUAAAUACGAGAUUGUGGAGAUUCUGGAUGUGGAUGACAUAUCUAUAGUAUGUGCACCUCUUGACAGCCGUACCACAUUAUUUAUUAUGUUCCAGUUGACAUUGCAUCAUGAUGUUUCAACUAGCUAG